GGCACUGGCUGGGCUGGGAGCUUGGGAAAACCUGAUCCAACCAAGGAAAACCAAGUGAAAUUGGACUGGAGGACAGCGAGGAGCCAUCCUGUGUGUGGGGCAGGACCUGAGCACUGAGCAGCAGGCUUCCACGCAGUCAGUUCCUGGGGGAGAUGAGCAUUUCAUCGGAGCACAAACCCCUUGGGAAGCAGGUCACCGGCAGCCUGCAUACGGUGAGUAAGUUGUCCCCAAUCGUGGAGUUAAAUGUCGGUGGUGAGAUGUACACAACAACACUGAGCACCUUAAAGAAACACCCUGGCUCCAAGCUGGCAGAGAUGUUCACCGGCCAGCCCAAACUGAGGACUGACUCCGAAGGGAGGUUCUUCAUCGACAGGCCAGGCACCUAUUUCAAAUACAUCUUGGAGUACCUGCGCAGUAACCAAGUGCCCACCCAGUGCAUCCAGGAUGUCUACAAGGAGGCGUUGUUCUACGACAUCGAGCCUCUGAUCAAGCAGCUUGAGGACUCCCCACAGAUCUUUGGGGAGCUCGUGGCAAGGAAGCAGUUCCUGGCUCGUGUGCCCAGCUACAGUGAGAACAUCGAGCUGAUGAUCCACAUCGCCAGGGCAGAAGCAGUCGCAUCGCGCCGCUCCAGCGUCAUCGUGUGCGUGGUCAGAACCGAGGAGGAUGCAGCCAGAUGUCAGGAUGCCUUGAGCAGCUUGGACAUGGAUAAGAAGUCCGUGGUGAAGUUUGGUCCCUGGAAGGCAGCGCCAGGUAUUUCUGAUCUGCUGGACUGCAUUCAAAUGGAUGUUGAAGCCAAAGGGUAUAAAAUAGCCUUUCAGCCCCAUGUUACUGAAAAAGGGUUUCGCUUCAAAUCGCACGACUUCUUCUACAAGUUCCUGUUCACCUGGUGGUAGCAAAGAGCCCCCAAAGGGAAUUCCAAAGGGAAUGGAGGAAAGCGAUUAUUAAAACAAGUUAACUUGGACCAUGGAGAGUAACCUAUGGACUACCAGAGGGAUAGGAAGAAAUGCACGGGGCAAGGAAAGGAUCUCCUUUGGUCAUUUGCCAAAUUAAAGAGGAUUUAAGAGCUACUGAUUACUUAGGGGAUAACCAUAUGUUUAAAAGGUAGCAGGAAAAGGAGGAAUUCUACUCUUUCAGCAUUGCUAACUACCAGGUUAGUUCAGAGAGCCAGAUCUGAGCCAACCUCACUCAACCUAAGAGAAAUGAAUAGUCCCAAAUACAUAUCAUGGAGAUGUGGACUUGGCCUCUCAGUGCAAAUGGGAACAGCCCACAUAUGUGCAAUUCCCGAUGGAAACACAGACAGCUGCAUUAACAUAGGCUCAAAUUAAAUCUGGAUCCUUAGUCAGAAGGCAAAAGCUCUUCUUCUCACUGCUUUCCGUACUAGAAUCCGGGUUAAAAGGGAUUCAGUGUCCCCUGCUCUCUUGUUGUUCCUCCAGCAGACAGCCUGCUCUGUAGCCAAUGUAUUUAUUAGCAUUAUUUAUUAUUUAUUCUGAAGGAAAGACAGACAACCUCAGCUCUGGUCCAGGAUCAACACAAGGCAAAAAUACCAUCGCUGAUGUGAGGAGUUUAUAACCUAAGGCUGCAUACUCCUCUCUCAGGCUACACCAUUUUAAUCUUUUUCUUAUGAUAUUCAUUAUUAUGAUGAUACUACUUCUAAAUAUAUAAGUUUCUGGAAGAAUAGAGAAAACCAACAGUGAUUUGAUGGGAAGGAAGUGCUACUGAAGCAACAGCCUGGGACCUCAAUGUAAUUUCUCCUUCACAGAACAUGAGUUGGGUCCUAUAUGUUAUUAUAAAUCUCUUAGUAUUCAAAGGUUUAUUUUUAUACUGGAGAUGGCUGUUAGCUUGGUUUUUAUCCCUCUGAAAAUCAUAAUGGCUAAUUCGAUUAUGAUCACAUUUCCUUUACUUCUCAGAAGACGGGUUUCUUCCAGUUAAGGACAGUAAUCUCUGGGGUGUUAAAUAAAUAACUUUUAAAAGCUCUUCGAA